AUGAAUAUUCGUUCGGCCACUAUAUAUGAUAUUGAAGCAGUCACUCGUGUUCAUUACGAAGCUGUUCAUGGAGAUACACCUGCAAACUUCUACACGCAGGAAAUUCUACAAAGCUGGGCGCCAUCACCGACAGACGAGGUUCGUUUAAACCGACUUCGUUAUAUGAUAGAAAGCAGCGAUCGAGUACUCGUUGUUGCUGAAUUAGACAACAAAUCAGUCAUAGGAUUUGGAUCAAUCAUCCUUUCUGAACACGAGAUUCGUGCUCUUUAUGUUGAUCCAAUGUAUGAACAUCAAGGGGUUGGCACAAAGAUUUUGGCAUAUCUUGAAGCAUUGGCUUUGCAACACGGCGUGAAUACACUCGAAUUAAAGGCUUCACUCAACGCUGAAACAUUUUACUUGCAUCAUGGAUAUUCAGUAAUACAGUGUGACUAUCAUCAUUUGAGCUCAGAUUUACAAAUGGAAUGUAUCAAAAUGAGCAAUGAACUGCAUAAACACUAG